CCACCUGUAGCGUGCGAGUGUGCGGGAGCAUGUCAGCCGUAGGGGCAGAUCACGGUGGUGGUGCACUCUAGUGCAGUCUUGGAGCAGUAAAUUGGUGUUUGUGGGCAAGCCUGUGGGCAAGACCCAAACAAGCCCGAUCAACACGAGCGCUUGUCCGUUCGUCUGCCAUCGACAGCAAUCGUUCAGCAGCUGUGGCUGCUGUGGCCUCUGCGACUGGCGCUGUAGGGGCUGUAACCUGUAGGCACGAUGCUAGCUGUGGACUCUGGCUUGGUGUGGGCCCCUGAUGAGCAGGAGGGCUUCAAGCUGGGACGGAUUGUCGACAUUGGCGGCGAAACAGUCACAGUCCUUCUUAAUGGUGGCACUCAGCUCAUUACAGCACCAUAUAGAAGUGUCCAUGCUGCUGAAGAGGACCCAAAUAAGGAUGUUGACGACAAUUGUGCCCUGAUCUACUUGAAUGAGGCCACCCUGUUCAAUAACAUCAAAGUUCGUUACAACAAGGAUAAAAUUUAUACAUAUGUGGCCAACAUCCUGAUUGCUGUGAACCCAUACUUUGAGAUGCCCCGGUUGUACUCAUCAGAGACAAUUAGGAAGUAUCAAGGGAAGUCCCUCGGUGUGCUGCCUCCCCAUGUCUUUGCUAUCGCGGACAAGGCCUUCCGAGACAUGAAGGUGCUCAAGCAAAGCCAGUCCAUCAUUGUGAGCGGAGAGUCAGGAGCCGGGAAGACAGAGUCAACCAAAUACAUUUUGCGCUACCUUUGUGAAUCGUGGGGGAGCCAUGCAGGACCAAUUGAGCAGCGAAUUCUCGAGGCGAACCCUGUGCUUGAAGCAUUUGGAAAUGCUAAGACGAUGAGAAACAACAACAGCAGUCGCUUUGGGAAAUUUAUUGAGAUCCAUUUCAACAACAAGUGCAGUGUAGUGGGUGGCUUCAUCUCGCACUACCUGCUGGAGAAGUCUCGCAUCUGUGGCCAGAGCAAAGGUGAACGGAAUUACCACAUCUUCUACCAACUCUGCGCUGGCGCACCCAACGAGCUCAGGCAGCAGCUCCGAAUCACCAGCCCGGAUGACUUCCAUUACUUGCGCCAUGGAUGCACCCAAUACUUUUGCUCUUCGGAGUCUGAGAGGCUGCUCAAAAACAACUCCCGAUCCAAGGAGCAUCAAAGCAAAGGACCACUGCGUGACCCAGUUAUUGACGAUGCCAAGGACUUCUCAAACCUUGACCGGGCCCUCCAGCUUAUGGGUCUGACUGACGAAGAGCGACUCAACAUCUAUGUGGCAGUGGCCGCCGUGUUGCACCUGGGCAACGUAACCUUUGAGGAGAGCCCCGAUGACAGCCGUGGGGGCAGCCAGGUGAUGCCCGAGUCGGAGCAGUCGCUGCGGGUCGCUGCAGCAUUGAUGGGCGUUGACCCAGACGAGCUGCGCCAGAGUCUGCUGAGUCGUGUCAUGCAGACCAGCAAGGGCGGCCUCAAAGGCACCGUCUACAUGGUGCCCCUGAAGGCCUACGAAGCAAACAAUGCACGUGAUGCCUUGGCCAAGGCUGUCUACUCUAAGCUGUUUGACUUCAUUGUACGGCGCAUUAACCAGAGCAUUCCGUUCAGUUCAUCGUCCCACUACAUUGGUGUGCUUGACAUUGCUGGAUUCGAGUACUUCCAGGUGAACAGCUUUGAACAGUUUUGUAUCAACUACUGUAAUGAGAAGCUGCAGCAGUUCUUCAACGAAAGGAUUCUCAAAGAGGAGCAAGCAUUGUAUGAAAGAGAAGGCCUGUCUGUGAAAAAGAUAGAGUAUGUAGACAACCAGGACUGCAUUGACCUGCUGGAGGGAAAGGGCAUGGGGAUCUUUGACCUCCUCGAUGAGGAGAGCAAGCUUCCUCGUUCGAGCCACACCCACUUCACCUCUGUGCUGCACAGCACACACCCCAGGCAUUUCCGCCUGGCUGUGCCUCGAAAGUCCAAGCUCAGGGACCACCGGGAGAUCACCGAUGACGAAGGAUUCCUCGUCAGGCACUUUGCUGGGGCUGUCUGUUACGAAACGGCCAAGUUCGUGGAGAAAAACAACGACGCACUGCACGCGUCCCUAGAAGGGCUGGUGCAGGAGACCAAGAACACCUUCCUGCGGGGCCUGUUUGACGUUGGCGACAGCAGGCAGUCACUGUCCAAGGGCAAGCUGAGCUUCAUCAGCGUGGGCAGCAAGUUCCGCAGCCAGCUGCAGGCGCUCAUGCACAAGCUGCAGCAGACUGGCACCCACUUUGUGCGUUGCAUCAAACCCAACCUGCGCAUGGUGGACCACUGCUUUGAGGGCGGCCAGAUUCUCUCGCAGAUCAAGUGCUCAGGCAUGACUUCUGUCCUUGAGCUGAUGCAGCAGGGCUACCCAUCCAGGGCACCUUUUUCUGACCUCUACAACAUGUACAAGCAGUACCUGCCUCCUGAGCUUGCUCGACUUGACCCCAGGCUCUUUUGCAAGGCCCUCUUCAAGGCCCUGGGUCUAAAUGAGAAGGACUUCAAGUUUGGCCUAACGAAGGUGUUCUUCCGGCCUGGGAAAUUUGCCGAGUUUGACCAAAUUAUGAAGUCUGACCCAGAGAACCUUGCCCAGCUCGUCCGCAAAGUGCAGAAAUGGCUGCUCGCUUCACGAUGGAAGAAAGCCCAGUGGUGUGCCCUGGCUGUCAUCAAACUCAAGAAUAAGAUCAUCUUUCGACGUGAGAACCUUGUGGUGAUUCAGAAGACGGUGAAGAUGCAUUUGGUGAAACGAAAGUACCGGCCAAGGUACCGGUGCAUGAUGAAGCUUAGAGCCCUCUUCCAGCAGGUGCUGCAGAUGUCGAGCCUUGCAGCUCAGCUCAAGAAAGAUGGUCAGCAAAGCAGAGCAGAGAUCCAGGCCUUGGAAGCUAAGAUCACUGGCACCAUGAAACGGAUCAAGGAUGGCAGCCUAUGCACGGAGGACAUGGAGAAGGAGCAGAAUUUGCUGAUCAUGGCAGCAACACAGCUGAUGAAUGCACUGAACCAGCGCAUCCAGCUGCAGAAGGUGGCUGAAGAGCAAGAGCACAUGCGCCGUGUGCAGGAGGAAAUGGAGCGGGCACGCAAACGCAAGGAGGAAGAGGAACGACUGAAAAGGGAGGAAGAAGAGAACAGGCAGAGAAAAAUUCAAAUCGAAGCUGCCCGCAAGGCUGAGGAGAAGGCAAAGCAGCAAGAGGAUGCCAGAAUAGCGCAAGCGUUGCAAGAGAAGCUCUUUCUGGAACAGAAGGAUGAACAUAUUAGGAACCAACAAAUUGAGCAAGAGUCACGUGACCAUGAGCUUGCCCUUCGGCUUGCGCAGGAGAGCAACGGCGUAGUUGAAGAUGUGGGAACUCCAGUUUUGCCAGUCAGGUCACAGGUGAGGGCCAAAUCGGAGGGCAAGUUUGACUUGUCAAAGUGGAAGUAUUCUGAGCUGAGGGAUGUUAUCAACACAUCUUGUGAUCUGGAGCUCCUGGCAGCAUGCCGUGAAGAGUUCCACCGGAGGCUUAAAGUGUACCAUGCCUGGAAGAGCAAAAAUGCAAAGAAGGGUGGUGCCGACACCUUACAGAGCAGAGUUCCCGUUUCACUACAGAAUGGAGGUGCGCACUCCAUCUCUCCAGGGCCCCGUGGGGAUGCGUCCAGUGAGGAGAAUCGGCAGCGCUACUUCCGCAUUCCCUUCCGUAAAGACGGAAGCAGCAGUGGCCUCUGGUUUGCUCAUUUUGAUGGGCAAUACAUUGCUCGGCAGAUGGAGCUGCACCCUGGCAGGCCCCCCGUUCUGCUGAUAGCAGGGCGUGACGACAUGCAAAUGUGCGAGCUCAAGCUUGAAGAGACCGGCCUGGCUCGUAAGCGAGGGGCCGAGAUCCUGGAGCACGAGUUCGAUGCCGAGUGGGCAAAGUAUGGCGGGCCAGUGUACAUUCCACUGUCCACACGGCAGAAGUAGAGGUCACAAGGUCAAGCUUGGUGGUGGCUGCGUUGGUGGGGGGCUGUAGUUUGAGAGGACAUAUGUAGCAUUAGAUCAAAGAUGUUAUUUAUAUUUCUGAAGGUUGUUACUUUCUUUUUUUUUGUGAUCUCAUGUCUUCUGUGCUGACUUUCCCUGGUAGAACAGCUUUGCUUGGCUAGUUUCAGAGCAGCUUGUAGAAGAUUCUUGCAGGACUACUGAAAGAAAAACUACACUAUGAAGAGUGUUGAGCCAUAACAUUUAGUAGAGCCUUCCAACAUUGUAGGCAGUUUUGUUUUUGUUUUCAUUAUUGAAAAGAAAAAAGCAGUGGUUUACUACCUUCAAGCAUGUAUUCUCAUAUCUCUAUGAUUGCAGCGUUUAUUUUUUUUCUUCUUUUGUGCCUAUGUGAGUGCAUAACCUUUCAUUUCUUGUGUGGGCUGUUUUUAUUUGCCAAAUACAAGAUAAUUGUUGACUGGACACAAUUUACAGGGUAGCCAUACCUUUCUAGAACUCUGGCAGCUUUUUCCUUUGUUAGAAACACUGCCUUUUUUUUUUUUUGCUUUUGUCAGUAGCUUACUGUACACUUAACCCCAUGAGUGUGCUCUUUUAAUCUCGGUGCUUUAAGAAGUCAUUAAUUUGUAUGCUCAAGUUUAAGCUUGGCAAUGAGUUGCAAGAAUUUUGUGAGAUUCUGAAUCUCGGUGCUAUGUCCUUUCAUUUCCUGGUGCAAUUUAUUUUUGUAGGUCUUUUGUAGGCAGAUGUAUGCAUUUUUGUGCACAUGCUCUUGUUAUACUCAGUUGUGGUGGUGGUGGUCCCCUUUGUUUCCCCACAUUUAUUGUCUUGAGUGAUUACUUAAUGCUUCAAUACUGUCUGCCAUUGCUGCUGCCUAUAUAUCUCGUGUACUGUUGAAUAUCUUGUCUCACAAGACCUGCCAUCUCUGAGUGGAAGAAAUGUACUAAGUAUGGUGCUUCCUCAGUCAGCAUGGACAUGCUUCGAAUGUGGCCAGAAUAAAGAACUGUGAGAUGGCA